GAAAUCUUUGUAAAGCAGAAUGGGAAACAUAAAGUGUUUCACCUAGGCAGUAAUUUAUUGUGUCAUCAACAUAUACGUGGCCACUAUGAGUUCUACCAGGCUAAAUGUAAGGAGCUAGGGAUCACUGAGCACCACUAUGCAAUUCCUCGCGAGUUGUUGGAUUUACAG